GCAGUACUGUGGACUGUGGCGGGCUGCUGCGCAUCUCUUGGUUCCUUCAGAGUCUCCUUCCAGCGACCCAAGCCGCAGUCGACGACCCCGCUGUCCUUCUUUCCCUUUCAUCCAUCAUGCAGCUCGAACUUUCGCAGCCAGAGAUACAGAGACCCUCAAGGAAGGGCAAGGAACGUGAUCCCAUGCAUCGGGAUCCACAUAGGGACCCUCAGCCCACGGAUCUCGACGAAAAACUCAUUGCUUUUCGUCGUCGCACAGCAGCUGCCAGUCGGCCCAGGGUCAAGUCUGAGCGGCCCGCCCCUCCACCACCACCACCACCGCCGCCGCCGCCACCUGCUCGUCUAGAACGUUCCCCAAGGCCCGCCCCUCAACUUCCUGCACGUCCUUCACCUUCACCAAGAAAGCACCAUCUUUCGCCUCAGCUCGCCGUCUCACGUCCGUCCCAGGAAGCAGACCCAGAUGACUUUUCUCGUCGCCUCAAAAUAUCACCUUCAUCUCCGUCUAUUCGACCGGCUCAAGUAGCCAAGCAGUCCCACAAACUCUUUGACCCAGAUCGGGACCCAAUACCGAUGCGACGUACCAUGGAGCCUGAAACCAUGUCGGAUGCCGCCAGCUCUUAUGCCUCCAGAAACGGUCCAAGAGACCCCACUGCCAGGCAGCUAUUCAAUCAUCGUAAGGAUGACCCUGUACGCUUCUCUGUCCUUGCUAGGACCCCAGGCCGCCCUACCCCUACUCCCAAGUCGUCGGGAGACUACAUAUCUGCUUCUUCUACUUCAUCAUAUGCUGCCUCUCAGACCUCCUCCAGCUUCACAUUGUCGUCGACGACCGAUGGAUCAUCCGCAUCCUCUGCCCUCUUUGAAGGCCAACCAAAGUCGGCUGAGGAGCAAGGUACCAAUGUCUUUGCUGUGCAACUCAAAAAGCUAUACAGGACAAUUACCAGCCUCGAAUCCAAGGUGAAUCAGGAGGACCCCGAAGAGAACGAGGAUGGGGGUAGGAUCUUGUUGAAAGGCAAACAAGUCGAGGACGAGGACCUCGAGAAGGACAAGUGGAAGAAGAAGAUCAAUGAUCACAAGAGCCUUGUCGAGAACAUCCACAAUCUCCUGGAAAUCUCUUUGGCUCCCAGUGUUCCUGCCUCCCUUCGUAACAUCCCUACCAAGUACAACAUCAUUGUACGGCUAUGGACUUAUGGGUUUCAUAAGCUCCUAGAGUCUCUGCGGCGCUCCUCUUUUACUUCUCCACUGGCUAUGGAACAUCUCCAGGACUAUAUAUAUUAUGCUUAUACGUUUUAUACAGGCCUCUUAGAGGAACCUGCCCUCAGCUCCUUCAAGAGUGGGUGGUUGGAGGCCCUGGGUGAUCUGGCACGGUAUCGAAUGGCCGUUGCUGCAAUGGUCACUGGAUUUUCAAAUGGUGGAGGCUCGCUCACGGCUGCUAAUGUAUCGGAAGUCGUUCGCACAGCAGGCACCCUCCCUUCCGAAGGUUUGGCAUCUCCUGUGCCAGCUGAGGCCAAAUCCAUCAGCGAUGCACCCGCGGCCAGGAUUGACGACUCUCCAUCACCCAGCGUUGGUCUAGCUGCAGCACGGCUAUUAGACGUCGAACCUGAGAAGGAGCGAUGGCGAGGGAUUGCGAGGGAUUGGUAUGGUGCCGGAUUGACCGAUCAACCUGGAACUGGUAAACUUCAUCAUCACCUGGGUUUGUUGAGUAGAGAAGUCGAAGGCGAGGAGUUGAGAGGUGUUUAUCAUUUCGUCAAGAGCAUGACUACCCUUCACCCUUUCAUGACGUCGCGUGAAUCCGUUCUUCCUAUCUGGUCCGUCGCAGCUCAGGCCCGACGAUCCCUUCCAGAUGCCCAUGUUCCUGACUUGUUCGUCUUGCUGCAUGGCAUGCUUUUCACCAACAUUCAACUCGAUGAUUUCCACCCAACCCUCGCACGAUUCGUUGAACGCCUGGAAAUAGAAGGUGCCGAAGACCGAGAGUGGACGAUGAUGGCCGUUGUCAACAUCGGUUCCAUAUUAGAGUAUGGCAAACCGAGCGGUGUUUUGAAAAGGAUCGGUGGUGUUGGCCCUCGUGACUCAGGAACUGCUGCCGCUAUGCGUGUUAUGGCGAAACGUGAACUUCUUGCCGAGGACAGAAUGGAUGUUGACGAACCGACAGUUCAGGUCUCUCCUGCGCUCUCAGAAAGAGAGGCCGACUCUGGAGAGUUCCCAUAUGCUUCUAAGCUUGCCCUUCGAAUCACCUUUACCAUGUUAUCCCAUGUCUUGCGUCGACCAACACGGAAAACUUCCCCCUUCGCACAUUCUACAGUGAACCCGUACCUUACCGUCGUGUUGACGUUCCUGGCGACUAUUCUCAAGCAUGAACCGUCGCGGGAAGUAUUGGAACGCAGUAUCCCAUGGGAAGAGCUUGCUAAAUUCUUUGCUGUCGUGCCUCGUAGCAUCAUGACCAGACAGGGCUUGGAUGAGUCCAUACCUUGUGAUACGGAACGAUGGACCAUGGUGACAAGUGGCUGCGCGCCUCCUUUAGCUGAGGACUGGUGCUUACGCGGCAUGGAGUGGGUAGCGCGCAAGGUCUACGAGCGAGGCUUUUGGAAGAGCGGUGAGGACCGCAAGGCAGAACUUGAAGUACUCAAUGAGUCGGAAACGCAAGAAAUGACAGACGGCCAGAUUGAGGAUGACGAUAAUGAUGACGCAGGCGAGAGAAAGAGCAGCGACAUUGGCAAGCGAUGGGUACGCAUUGUUCGCUGUGCUGUGGGAAUAGCCAGUGUUGUGGACGGGUUCACUUGGGUCGAAGGAACUCGCGAGUGGAGGAUUGAAGGAAAACUCGCGGAGAAGGUUGUGCGAUGGAAGGAGGAAGAUGCAUGCGAGAGGGAAGCAGAAGAACGCAGACGCAUGGGCAAUCGAUGGGUUGAUGACUCCAUGGAUAUCGACGAUGAUCCUAUGGAUGCGUCCGAGGAAAGCGAAAGCGAUGAUGAAAAUAACACUGACGCAGUGAAGGCCUUGAAGGCGAGGCGAAGAUAUCUUCAAAGCCUGCUCCACUCUGGUCACGCAACCCUCAUGCCUAUUUCAUCUUCUCGUCGCAAGGGUCGCAAAAACACUGAUAGUCGCCCGCCUCUGCCUGUAUUAGCUGGAUACACGGUCCUUGUUGUGGAUACCAACAUUCUACUUUCUUCACUUUCGAUGUUUGCAUCGAUUGUUGAAAGUUUGCGAUGGACAGUGGUUGUUCCGUUGCCUGUCAUCAUGGAACUCGAUGGCCUGUCCUCGAGUCUAUCGCAAUUGGGUGACGCAGCGCAAGGUGCAAUGGCUUACAUGACAUCCCACAUACGAACCCACUCUACGUCGUUGAAAGUCCAAACUUCCAAGGGCAAUUACCUGACUACCCUGAAUGUGCGGACGGAGGAGGUGGACUUCGCAAAUGGCACUUCUGACCGAAACAUGGACGACCUUAUCCUCAAAGCCGCCAUUUGGCACGACGAACAUUGGGUAGAUCGAUCGGCCCUUUUGAGAAGCGAUGGUAUAGUCAGAAAUGUAAUCAAUCCUGUCAAGGUGGUUCUUUUGAGCCUUGACCGCAAUUUGCGACUUAAAGCACGUUCCCGCCAACUGCCGGCUGCGAGCGAAAAGGAUCUCGCGUCCAUUCUUUCCAAAGGCGUAUAAGGGAUCGUGGAAUGAUAGUUGUUCUUUCAUUCAUCUGCAUGCCCUUCUGGCCCCGUGUCCCUGGUGCAGAGACUGCAUGCAUCUUGCAUGGCGCAUCCGCGUUGUCUAUGCACACGCGCAAUGCAUCUGCGAUACAGCACGGUGUACCUCCCGUAGAACGGAACCUGCGUGAUAUCAUUCUAUUAUUCGGGUUAUCAUGGUUAUCUUUGGUUAUCUGGCACACAAAACUGUACACUCUUUCAUACCCUCAUCACAUAUACCUUCAUUUACUACGUUUUCUCAUCCUUUAUAUAUUUAUUUGUAUCACCGUAUAAGUGUUUGUACAUAAAAUGUGAUAUUACUUUACAAGAACGGUGUGCUCUCAAAAUCCUUUAAUGAAUUUUCU